ACGCGUAAAACAUAUGGCGGAUAAAAAGAAGUCAUUUUUUGCCGUGAUUUUUUAGAGACACUUUUUUAGGGUUUAGAAUGCGAAAUAUCAACAAAACAGCAGGGCAUGGACUUGGAGAGAGAUCGUCCACAGAAAAUAGCAUAAACUACUAUUCAAGCCAGAUGGAUGAGGACUUCAUUAGGGCAGCAAAAUCUGGCGAGAUAAAGAAAAUCAAAGAAUUAUUAGCUGCAGGUGUCAAUGUCAAUAUUACAAAUCCAGGUGGUUUAAAUGCAUUGCAUUUGGCAUCAAGAGAAAACCAUCCAGACAUUGUAACGUUACUUCUAAGUCAUGGCAUUGACGCUAAGGCGAUAACAAAGAGGUUAAACACUGCGCUUCACAUUGCAUCCUUAGGUGGUAAUACGUCGGUUGUGCAAAUACUCCUUAAUCAUGGAGCCAAUGUAAAUGUACAAGCUCAGGAUGACAUUACUCCAUUAUAUAUGGCUGCACAAGAAAAUCAUGCUGACAUUGUUAAGAUGUUGUUAAAGAAGAAAGCUGACCCUCACAUUGCUGCUAAGGGAGGAUUUGAACCAGUUGACAUCGCUGUUUUACAAGGCCACAGUGCAGUUGCAGCAAUGUUGUUAGAACAUAAUGCAAAGCAAGGCUUACGAGCUCUUCAUGUUGCAGCUAAAAAAGAUGAUGUUGAUGCGUUAGAGCUCUUAGUGAAAGACAAAAGAAGUGUCAAUGAUUCCGCACCAAAUGGCUACACACCGUUGCACAUUGCUGCUAAGCAUGAUAGUGUUAAGGCAGCUAAAUUUUUGGUUGAUCAUGGUGCUGACUUAAAUGCUGCAGCCAAGCAUAAUGUCGUCCCGCUGCAUGUUGCUUCAAGACAUGGCCAAACAAGAGUUCUAACAAUUUUAAUUGAAGGAGGAGCAAAUUUAGGAUCACCAACGAAGGAUGGAUUAACACCUUUGCAUUGUGCUGCCCGUGACGGUCACAAUCUUUGCGUGGAAGUAUUACUAGUUCAUGGGGCACCUGUUACUGCUAAAACAAGGCAUGGGUUGACGGCUUUACACAUGGCUGCUCAAGGAAAUCACACUGCUAGUGCUAAUCACUUACUAUCACAUGGUGCACAUAUCGAUGACGUCACUCUGGAUGGUGUUACUCCCCUUCACAUUACAGCUCAUUAUGGUCACGUUGAAACAGCACAGUUGUUGAUAGAGAAGGGAACUGAUAUUGACAAACGAGCAAGGAAUGGUUACACUGCAUUACACAUAGCGUCAAAGAAGAAUCGCGAAGCUGUGGUGCAGUUAUUGUUAAAGUAUAAUACUUCAGUGCAUGUUAAAAAUAAUAAUGGUCAGAUCGCUCUCCAUGUGGCAGCGUUUUUUGGACAUGUUAAUAUCGUUCUGCUUCUUUUACAAGCAGGAGCUUCCCUUGAAGCUACUACAAUAAGAGAAGAAACUGUUCUUCAUAUCGCAUGUCGCACUGUACAGAUACAAAUUGUCAGAUUGCUGUUACGAAAUGGAGCAAAAGUGAAUCCAAAAGCAAAGGAUGGAGACACACCAUUACACAACGCGUGUCGCCAAGGAAGUGCAAGCUUAGUAUCUCUGCUACUUGAUAAUGACGCUGAUCCUGAUGCAACAAACAAGGAAGGUUGCACAGCAUCGCAUCUUGCAGCAAGAGAUGGUCAUGAAAAAGUUUUGGAAAGUCUGCUGGAUCACAAAGCUGGCGUCAACAUCAUUUCCAAGCGUGGUUUUACUCCUCUGCACGAAGCAGCUAAGAAAGGAUAUGUUGUUAUAAUCGAGAUGUUACUUGAAAAGAAGGCGGAAGUCAACACGAAAGGAAAGAAUAAUUUGACCCCUCUUCAUGUUGCGUGUCAUUAUGAUCAGCCUGAUGUCGCUGUUAAGUUGCUCAAUAACGGUGCAGAUCCGCACGCUACAGCAAAGAAUGGAUUUACACCUCUACAUAUCGCAGCAAAAAAGAAUCAAGUGAAUAUCGUAUCACUUCUGCUUGAUCGUGGUGUCGAAGCUGACUUGAUAACAAAGCAUGGUGUCAGCCCAUUGCAUUUAGCUGCGCAAGAAGGAAAUGUUGAAAUUGUAGAUAUGUUGUUAGAGCAUGGGACAUCACCUGCUGUGCAGACAAGUAAUGGACUGACUCCGCUUCACGUGGCAGUGCAAUACAACCAAAUAGACGUGGUAAAGAGGCUACUUAAAUAUGGUGCUGCUAUCAAUUCCACAACACAGAGUGGCUUCACACCGUUACAUUUAGCAGCCAUGUGUGGCCACACUGAAAUGGCGCAACUACUCCUACAGGAGUGCGCAGAAGUGGAAGCGAAAACAAAGAAUGGCAACACACCGCUCCACAUUGCGGCGUACAAAGGACACAAUGAUAUCGUUGAACUGCUACUGAAAUACAACGCCCCACCAAAUGCUCUCAACAAGGACGGAUACUCGGCUUUACAUAUUGCAGAAGUCACACAGCAAAAAUGGGUGAUAACAACAUUGGUGAAAGUGACCAAGAUAAUAGUGAAACCGAAGGAUAAGGGCGAGAAAAGUCUGGAACUUCUUCAUCAAACGUUUCUCCCGCCUGAAGAUUUGGAAGAAACACUUUUAAUUGACGCUAACGACGAAGCUGAAGACGAAGCUCACAUACAGAAGAAAGUUAUUCAAGAAGAUUUCGAAGAAACAUUCGCUGGUCUCGAUGAGACACACUCGGAAAACAACACAACUUUUGUAAAUGAAAGUGAAAUCGAGGUAGCACAGGAAGAGCAAGUAGAAACUAUGGCUCACGACAAUUUUGAUGACUUCUUCAACAAGCUAGACGAAAAAAAUGAUUUGCCUAAUGGACACCGCCAUGAGCCAAAUGUUCAUCAUUUGUAUAAGACGAAGCACCAUACCCAGGGUAAUGCCGAUGCUGGUGGUUUUGAAGGUCCUGUAGGUUCCAGUUCUCCGAGGGAGAGCGACGUUUAUAACAAGAACUACCCAGAUAAUGUUUACAUCACAGGACCGCCGAGAACUGGAAAGUUCUUGAUCAGUUUUUAUGUGGAUGCAAGAGGCGCUGUGAUGGAGAGCAAACAAAGUGGAAUCAAAAUCACCAUUCCCCGCGGUGCUUGUACGAUGCCAACAAGAAUUACAAUUCGACUACGCAAACCCAAAGAUGUGCGCUCACUUCCACACUUACAUGUGAACGAAUCACUAGCCAGCUCCAUCAUACAAAUGACAUCUGAAGGAAUGCAGUUUUUGAAACCCGUCGUCAUGGAAAUACCACACUUCGCUGCCCUGCGUGGUAACGAGCGUGAACUUAUCGUUCUGCGUUGUAAUAGUGGACAUGCGCAUUGGAGAGAACAUCCCGCCACCAUUAUGGAUGAUCAACCAGGUUGUAGUGACGACAUGACCAUAAAAGUGAUCAUUCAAGAAAUUCCCGAUAAACUUGUUAUCGUUUCCAGACCCCUGAAGGAGCGUUUUGUCAUGUUGCCAGAAGGCGGGAAGAUCGAGUCUACGGUCGUGCCGAAAGUUCAUAUUCUCUUUCCAUCAGAUACUUUGAAUACAAGCACUAAAGUGGUCCUACAGGUGCAACAGUGCGACGACUCGCUGCUUCAACCUAAUGAUCAAACCUACACAAGUCCCAUAGUUAGUCUCGAUCCACCAACUAUUCUUUCUAAACCAAUCACGAUCAAUAUCCCUUGUCCGUGGUUAGCUUAUGAAGAAAGGAAUGGGAAACGAAACUUGAGGUUGGUCGCUUGGUUACCGCGCACUCCUCGAAAAUCUACCGCCGACCGAACUGAUUAUGAGUGGCAAGAUGUGACGAGUAAAACGGCACUCUCCGUCAUUGGGGAUAAUGCAAGCUUUACAACGACGGAGUUUACUAGAUAUUGGAUCGUGCAAACUAAUUCGAUCGAAACACUACCGAAGAGAAUCAACCAACUGGAGCAAACUGUUUCUGUUUCCCCUUAUUCGGCGCGUUUCUUCGUCCAUGGUCGCUUGGACACGCUUCAGAAUGGUCAACUACGCGUCUUUCUAGUAACAGACGAACACGCCUUACACGAGAUGCUCUCGCAUUACACGAGCGUCAAAGAACUGCCGCAUUCCAACACGUGUCACGUUUACGACGGGCAAACUAUCCACGUCAACUUAAGCGGAAAUCUGAACGCGGCUGACACGCAAAAUUUGAAAAUGACUUUCGAUCCCUUCACGAUAAACCAAUUAAAUAUCAAUACUGAAGUUGUGUCGGUCGACGCCGUUCAAAGUUGCCGACUGACGUUCAUGGGGAGUCUGAGGAGAGAUUUAACGAAUAGUAUAUCGCCGAUUUGUUCUUUGGAUGUACAUCUUUCUAAAGACAUGUUGGAACAAAGUCGAAAAUCUUACCACAUCGACACAGUCAACGAUGAAACGAUUCGGAAGGUUGGUUCAGACAUACAGGAGUCGUGGAUGCCAGUCGCUACUGAGUUAAAUCUGAGUAACCGAGACAAACAAGCAGUUUUUGAUGUCAGUUGUGGAAAGUACGACAUACCGGGCGUAUGUAUGUUGGAAUAUUGGCGUUCCAAACACACUUCCAAUGCUACUUAUAAAGCUUUAUACGACGCCCUUAAAUACGUCCACUAUGAUGAUACCGCGGAGAAGGUUUAUGAAGCGUCUCCAAACGAAUUUUCGAAAGAGCUGCUACCACGUUCAGUUACGGAACGAUCGCAAACCGCGACGCCGACAAACUUUGUGGAUGCUACUUUGGAAAGCGGGUAUAUAUCAGAUACAUCGAAAGAUUUCCAGCGAGACUGUCCGAUGGAAACCUUGUCAAAGUCUGACGAUGAUAGUCCGGUUAAAGUUCAAGUCACAGAACCGGACGAGCCUUUCGUUGAUUAUUUCGAUCCAAACACGAUAACUGAUAACGACAUAAUGGUCAAUAAUAUCGACAGCAUCGCUGGUAAUAACGGCAUCGAUCAUAACAACGGUAGUAUCGCCAGCAGUAGCGACAUGACCAAUGUUAAUAUCGAUCACAACGCAGCCGAAAGAGAAAGCAUCGCCGGUAACAUAGAAAGCGACAUAGAAGUCAUGUCAAGUAAUGACGUAAUACAAACUGACAAUCAGAGUGCCGUGGAAGCCGUGCCUUGUUCUGCAGAUGACGUGACACAUGAAGAACCAACGGAAGGUGCUGAGGAUGAAUUGGUUUACCAUAAAGACCCAGUAAUCGAUUUUUCGUUGCUUGAACAACUUACAAACGAGAUUUCACAAGAUGAACCAAUCGAAAGGACGCACGGACCUAGUGCGUAUGAACUCUCGUUGACACAAAAUAAAGGAAGUAGAAUUGCUGCGUCAGCAGGGAUUGUCAGCAGGCCACCAAAAGACUUGGUCACAGAGGAUGACGUCAUAGGUACUGCAUUGGAAAACGUCCACGCGGAAGUUGACAUGUCGUUUCUUGAUGCCUGUGACGACGAAUCGCUUCAGGAUAUCAACAGCUGCACAAGCUACGACAAAGAUUUCUUGAAGAACGACCAGUAUUCCUCACGUGAUAACUCGUUUGAUCUCAGUGGAAACGAGUUAAGUAGUGCUGGUUUAUCUGAACAGGAAGUGAAAGGCGGCGAUUCUACUAAUCUUGAAGACGAAUGUUCGCUUGACCUCGCGCUGCAAGAAAAUUUCAAUGAUAAUGAUGCUGAAAGUGAUUCACGACCACCCUGCUUCGAUUCGGUCUCACCUAUGGAAUCUAUCACGUCGCCUGACCUGAACACGAGCCCCGAAAUUAUCGAAAGUCCAAGAUCGUUGACACCUUUUAGCUACGACGGUUGUGACAAACCCGUUGAAGCAAGACACGCCGUAAAUCAAAUCGAAACAUCGACGGCAUCGGUAAUUAGCGAACAUGAUGAAGGAACAACGGUCGUUGUGGAACGACAAACCAGCCACAGCGUAAAGGUUGUUACGCCUCCGGUAGACGAAUCAAGCGAUGGAAUUAUAGAAACGAGUGUAAUUUCGACAAAGUCAACUACCAUAACGAAAACUAGCGACGUAGUGACCACUGGGACAGUUGUUACGAGCGAUGAAGUAAACGGCGGGGAUUUGAUUAAACGCAUGUUUGGAAACCAAUCAAGUGUGAUGGAAUUUUUCGAAAACGGUGAAGAAAAAGAAGAAGACUACUCUUCUUACGGAACUCAAGUGUGAUUUGGUCGGUCUUUCUGUAUUUAAUGUACUUAGAUUUAGAUGUAAUAUAUUUUUAGGUUGUGUGUGCACAGCUGCUGAAUAAUAUUUUUAAAGAACCUUUAUUUCUCAAUAACAAGAUUUGGUGUCAAGUAGUGUCAUGGAUUUAGGGAAUAUAAUCUUAAGCUGUUUUCAUUUCUUUAUUUUUCACUUCUUAAUUUUUAUCCAGAUGUAAAUCAUUUUGCGUAUAAUUUCCAAAAUGGAAACACUGUGUUUAAUUUUUAGUAUUAGCACUAAGAACACGUUAGUAAGGAACUUCCUACUCCGUAAAGAAAAGUUGGCUUAAUAAGACAUACAUAGAUAUACAUAUAUAAAGAACUCCCUUAAAAAACGUGGAAAUAAUGAAUUGACCUCGGACUGGGUAGGCACCUUGUAGCAGGAAGGGCAACUCUAAAAAGGUGGAAACGUAUACACACAGCGAUACGUAUUUAGAGAAAUGGAAAACGUAAGAUAGGCAAUCAAGCAAAAUUAUUUUUAGUAGCAUACAAAAUAAAAUAUAUGACUAUUUUAUUUUCUGUAGAUAAACAUUUUAUUACUUUAUUGAGAUCUUUUGAUUUUUAUAAGCAUACUUCGUACCCAGUGUUGUGACGUUGUGUGAUACUAUAUGUGUGAUAUAUGCCCUGUGAACGAAGUUUUAUUUAAUGACAGAGUUGUAAAAUAAUUAAUAGAGAUCUUAUUUAGUUAGCUCGUCUUUUUAUUGUAAGAAGGAUUUAUCUAGAGGAAUUUAGGACCCAGUCUUUUUAUUAGAACAAUAUUUUUCUAAAAAGCCUGGGUGCUAAGUUGUAUUUUAGUAAAACUUGAGAUUAAAACUAACAUGUGAAA